GGGGAACGGCUGAGCCAGGCGAGGGGAACGGCCUCCCCCUCCCGGCCGGGGGCAGGGCGGGGGCGAGGCGGAGCGGCGGGGAAGGCAGGCCGGCAGCGGGAGCGGGAGCCCCAUGGGCCGAGCGCCUGCGAGAGGGGGAGGAGGAGCCGCCCCGCCGCCCGCCGCCCGGGGAUGGUGAGGAGGCGGCGGCUGCCGGGAGCCCAGUGAGGCCUUCGCUCGGCACCCGCCGGAGAGCCCGCCUCGCCAGCCUCCCCCUUCCCCCCCGCUCGCUCGCUGGCUCGCUCUCCCCUUCCCUCCUCUUCCCCUGCCUCCCUCCCCGGCUCCCUUCCCCUGCCGCCGCCACCCUCCCAUCACCUCCUCCCCGGGCUCCAGCCAUAAAUAGCUGAGGAGAAAACCAGAAAAAAAACCCAAACCCAUCCCUUUUGUGGAGCCUUCUGCGGGAGUUCAGCAAUUUCAACAGUGAUCUUUUGGCAUAAACUGGUUUUUCAAGAGACAUUCCUGCCAUUAUGAAUGAAGUAGCAAUAGUGAAGGAAGGGUGGCUUCACAAACGAGGAGAAUACAUAAAAACAUGGAGGCCACGAUAUUUUCUUUUAAAGAACGAUGGCACGUUCAUUGGCUACAAGGAACGACCACAGGAUGUCGACCAGCGGGAAUCACCUCUAAAUAACUUCUCAGUAGCUCAGUGCCAGCUGAUGAAGACAGAACGACCUAAACCAAACACAUUUAUCAUUAGAUGCCUCCAGUGGACCACAGUAAUUGAAAGAACAUUUCAUGUGGAGACUCCAGAGGAGCGGGAAGAAUGGACAAAAGCCAUCCAAACAGUAGCAGACAGCCUCAAGAAACAAGAGGAAGAGAUGAUGGAUUUUAGAUCUGGCUCUCCUAGUGAUAAUUCAGGUGCUGAAGAAAUGGAAGUUUCUAUGACAAAGCCAAAACACAAAGUGACCAUGAAUGAGUUUGAAUACCUUAAACUACUGGGAAAAGGCACUUUUGGAAAGGUCAUUUUAGUUAAAGAAAAAGCAACCGGACGGUAUUAUGCUAUGAAAAUUCUGAAGAAGGAAGUCAUUGUAGCCAAGGAUGAAGUAGCACACACACUGACAGAAAACCGUGUUUUACAGAACUCAAGGCAUCCAUUCUUAACAGCUUUAAAGUAUUCCUUUCAGACACAUGAUCGCUUGUGUUUUGUGAUGGAGUAUGCUAAUGGAGGGGAGUUGUUUUUCCAUCUGUCAAGAGAGCGUGUCUUUUCUGAAGACCGGGCUCGGUUUUAUGGAGCUGAGAUUGUUUCAGCACUGGAUUAUCUGCAUUCAGAGAAGAAUGUGGUUUAUAGAGAUUUAAAGUUGGAAAAUCUUAUGCUGGAUAAAGAUGGACACAUAAAAAUAACAGACUUUGGGCUGUGUAAAGAAGGCAUCAAGGAUGGAGCAACAAUGAAGACUUUCUGUGGCACUCCGGAGUAUCUUGCACCAGAGGUGCUGGAAGAUAACGACUAUGGUCGUGCAGUGGACUGGUGGGGUUUAGGAGUUGUGAUGUAUGAAAUGAUGUGUGGCCGGCUCCCUUUCUACAAUCAGGACCACGAAAAGCUCUUUGAACUCAUCCUCAUGGAGGAGAUUAGAUUUCCACGCACUUUGUCACCUGAAGCAAAAUCUCUCUUGUCAGGUUUGCUGAAGAAAGAUCCUAAGCAAAGGUUAGGUGGUGGUCCUGAUGAUGCCAAGGAGAUUAUGCAGCACAAAUUCUUUGCUGGCAUUGUUUGGCAAGAUGUAUACGAGAAAAAGCUUGUACCUCCGUUUAAGCCACAAGUUACAUCUGAAACAGACACAAGAUACUUUGAUGAAGAAUUUACAGCACAGAUGAUAACAAUCACUCCUCCUGACCAAGAUGACAGCAUGGAUUGUGUAGAUAACGAGAGAAGACCUCAUUUUCCUCAGUUCUCCUACUCAGCCAGUGGAACCGCUUAAUGAUUUGCAAUGUUUUCUCAUUCAGAAACAAAACAGAGACUGCAUUUUGGGGACCUUACUUCAAUGGACACUAGAGAACUUUCUAUAUUAUCUGAAUUACAAACUGUGUUUGUAUUACGAUUUAGAUGAAUUUGUAGGAAGCUUCACAGAUUCUGUAUUUAAAACAAUUCUUUGAUGCGUUUUUGAGAAGGAAAACAAAUCCAUUCUUAAAGUAUUAUGUCAAGGCUUUUAUGCUGAAUGACCAUAGGUUUUUAAGAAUAUACACCAAAACUGUUUACUUUAGAAAUAAUUAAGGUAUUCAACAUAUCAGCAACUCUGACCAGAAAAUCCCUUUAUUUAUUUCAUACAGUUCAUUAUCUAAAUAUAGAAUCUGCACUCUGAACAAUUAGAUUUAUAUAGGAAGAUAUAAGACUUUAGUAGCUAGUGCAAUAAUAUAAGCAACAAAGUGAACAAACUCUGGAGGGUUAAGGUUCAAACUCCUUUUGGACAGCAGUGAAGUGUCAUCCAACUCCAGAAAACCAACUGUAAGAACAGCAUUAAUGGCCUCAGUGAGGUAAAUCAAAAAGCAAAAGUUAUUUUUGUUAUAACAUCUGCUACAAGACAUUACAUAUCAAACCGAAUCCAGUGGAAUUGCCACGACGUACAGACGAGUAUUCCAUUCUAGGCAGUGCAUUGAAUUAUUCCAUUUGCAUAGAGUUUAGGAAUACUUCAUAGGAUUGGCUUCUCAGAACCUAGGAUACACUUGAUUUACCAAUCCAAUAGGAAAUGCAACAACACAAAAUCACCCACUUUCAGCACUGUAUAAAAAUACUGUACAGGUCUAAGUGAGGAAUCAUCUUAAUGAGUGAGUCAACCAGACAAAAGUACAUUUUGGCACUGAAGUAAUGACUUGUUGCCGCUUUUUUUUUUUUAUGGAAAGAUAUAUGAAUAUAUAUAAACACUUAAUGAUUUUUUUUUUUUUUUUGCAUCAUGCCAGAUCAUUUCUUCUUUCUUGAGUGUACAUUAAAGGUAUCAGCCAACAGUUCAUGGUGCCUUCUCACUCUGGAAGAUUCACUUUAACAGUGUUUCCCAUAUAUAAGAAAAAAAACUAGGUUGAAACUUCGUAUGUGUUUGAAUAAUAAUGGUGUUCUAAAAGUGAAUUUUUGGGGUUCUUUUGUUUGGGUUUUUUUUGUCGUUUUUUGUUUUUUUUUUUUUCCCAUUUUUAAUCUUAGUGGAAAAUUCCCCAUACCCUAUUUUUGUUGUAUCAUGUUUCUUUGUAAUUUUCAUAAAAGCAGUCUUAUUCUGUCUCUGCUGCGAAUGAAUUUAUUCCACUGUAGGUUGUGUUCUCUUGAAUGGCUUUUUUUUUGUUGUUUUUCAUUCUCUUGACUGUAUAAAAAAUGAUGACAUGUACUGCAGUUAACUAGCAUUUAUUUUUUUUUUUUUUAUUUGAAAGGGAGUAUGUACUGAAAACCCUCGCUUCCCCUUUCCAUCAGAAACUGCUGUGUUUGCACAGAGAGCCCAUCAUCUUGGCUUUUUUUUUUUUUUAACAACAUUCAACUCUAGUAUUUUUACUCAUGAUAUGAAAGUUUCCCUCCAAAUACUUAAAUAAAAAUUGCUUUAACAA